AUGUCUAACACAUUACAACAAGAUAGUCUCAGCCUUGGAGGCACCACAUCAGGUGUCACAAUUCCAAUAGUCAAGACGCCGGCUUAUAUCGAAAAGUUGAAUUCGCUUGCCCAUCACGAUGAGGUUUUGGCGGCAGUUGGAUAUGUUGUAAAAGAGCUAUCCAGUGAAGAACUGGAAGGAAAGAAAAGGUGUUCAGGCUGUGGGAAACAAAUGUCACAAGUUAUGCCGAAGAAGGCAAAGAACAAGAACAACAAGAAACCCCCUCCGGAUAAAGAUGUCUCGGGACAGCUUGAGGCAUGUAUCAUUUCAUCGCCGGCUAAGGACACCACUAGCGAUAGCCCUCUUAAUAAGGGAGAUAUCCCCGCCAGCAACGAACCGCAUAUGCGGUGCAAGUUCCACAGCGGCCUGUUGCAGUUCAAGGUCUGGUCAUGCUGUGGUGGUAACCCGAUGGACGCUCCUUGCACGAAACAUGAGUUUCAUAUCCCUAGGCCAUAUGCUGCUGGCGAGAUUGAAAGACUGUGGCAAUUUCACUCAACUGGGGGAGGGAAAAGGCAAUCUUCAUAUCGAAAGGCGGUGGCCAUCGACUGCGAAAUGGGUACAGCAAAGUCCGGCGACUCGGAGCUUAUUCGCAUUACGCUGUUGGACUACUUCUCCGGACAAAUCCUUAUCGAUAAGCUCGUAUAUCCCGAUGUUCCCAUGCUACAUUUUAAUACUCGAUAUUCAGGAGUACGCCGCAUCGAUUUGAACAACGCGCGUCGCGAGGGCAGCUGCUUUUAUGGAAGGAACAGCGCUAGGACCGCUAUCUUAAAGUUUGUCGGGCCGUCUACAGUAAUCGUGGGACAUUCGGCGCAGAAUGACUUGAAAUCUCUCAGGUGGAUCCACCACAAAAUUGUCGAUACGUAUAUCAUCGAGUCCUCUCUCAAAGAGGCGGCAGAGAGGAUGCUCAAAGAAUCCUCUUUGACGACACCGCCAGAGCCACCAAAUUCUUUGGACGUUAAUCCUAAGAAAGAGGAAGACAGACAGAAAUCUUCCAAGGGCCGGGGCAUGCUCUCCUUAAAGACUUUGUCAAAAGUCAAGCUGGGGCGUGACAUACAAACCGGACGGAACGGGCACGACAGUGUGGAAGAUGCUCUUGCUGCCCGGGAUUUAGUACACUUUUAUCUGACCAACUCAAUACACUAG